AUGCUACAACACUCAACAACUCUGCAUUGCAUCGAUGACGAAUCAAAUCCAAAUCAUUGCCACAACCUUUGCGAUUUUAUAAAUUUAAUCAGAAAUAUCGCACACGUCAAUCACAUGAGUUUGUGUCUCAGUGCAUUUUGCAACCUGCUCAUAAAUUCAGUUGAUUAUGUGAGUUUUCCAAAACCCGUAUGUAAAAAAUCCCGAAUUUUCGGGUCUGGUUUUAAAAAACCCGCGGGUUUCGGCUUGGGUCGGGUUUUUACAUAUUUUUCUCCAUCGUCGAAGAAUCAUAAGAAAAUGAAGCAAUUACCGGGGCUUUGCGAUGCUUAA